AUGUUCAGCCACGGGUUCCACUCGUCGAUAUUAAAAGACGACGACGACAAAAAGAUAAAGCGCGUCAUCCCCAAAGCUUCAAACAAGAUCAUUGAUCAAACCGUCGCUCGUUUAUACAUUGCCUACCCGGAUUCUUCGAAGUGGACAUUUACCGGCUUGAGCGGUGCUGUGUGCUUGGUCAACGAUUUGGUCGGAAACACGUUUUAUCUCAAGCUAGUGGACAUUGCCGGUUCUCAUGGUGUUUUAUGGGACCAGGAACUAUACAUUGAUUUCCAGUACAACCAAGACCGGACGUUCUUUCACUCAUUCGAGUUAGAAGAGUGUUUGGCAGGCUUGCUUUUCGAAGACAAGUCUGAAGCGGCUCAUUUCUACAAGCGGGUACAAAACAGGGCAAAGUACGCUUCCAAGGCGACCUUGAACAACCAUGCUGCUAUUCCCAAGUCGAAGGCGCAUGCCCCUCCGCCACCACCAGCUGCUCCCGGUCCUCGCGGCGAUGCUGAUGGAUCUCACCGCCGACGCAACCAAUUCCGCGGACAAACUUACUAUGACGGUGAGCCUCCAGUUGAAUGGCGCUCAUUGUAUGCUGAACUUAAUAGCCAAGGAAUUACGGAAGAUGUUAUUGCCGCAAACACUCAAUUCAUCAAAGAUUUCAUUAAGCAAAAGGGUGGGCCUUUGGUGGGCUUAGAGCCGCCGCUUCCUCGACGAUUCGAGCCCAAAGACGAUCUCCACUCUGCUGCUACUGCUAAUACAAAACGUGCACCCCCUCGCCCGCCUCCUCCGCCUUCUCAGCCACCAGCUGGUGCUAUGGAGCUGGGUGAUGGACCGGUUGACGACACCCCACCACCACCUUUCUCUGCACCCACUCAUGUUCCGGUCCCUUCAGAGAGUUCUUCAUCGCCUGAACCAAUGCCAACUCCAUCCAAGCCCAUGCAUUCUCCUCAUAUUCUUAUGGCUCCCGCUCUUCCCAGGUCAUCAGUUAAUGCAUCUUCAGGGCCUCCUCCUCCGCCCUCACGUAGUGGACCACCACCUCCCCCAUCGAGAACACAACCUGAACUUCCAGCACGUAAUUCAGCAGCAGCUCCUCCGCCUCCUCCUCCCCGCCAAGCUCCAGGCCCAGGACUCACAAUGGCACCUCCGCCCGCUGCUGCUGCUCCAGCUGCUCCACCACACCCUGUAGGUACUGCAAGUGCUGCUCCAGCUGCUCCGCCACGCCCUGCUGGCGCUCCAGUUCUCCCUCCAGCCGCGCCUCCAAGGCCAUCGGACCCGGCACCAGCACCACAACCUGUGCCUGCCGCUCCACCCAGGCCAGAGACAACUUCACCACCAUCUUUACCGCCUAUGGCUUUAAGACCUCCGCAGCCAUCGGGAUCACCAGCUGCAUUGCCGUCGCCCUCUACUACAAGGCCUCCUGUUGCAUCACAAGCUCCUCCUGCAGGGCCUCCUAUGGCCCCAAGGCCUCCUCAAGCUGCGCCACAAAUUCAGUCACCUCCUCCGUCUGCUCCAACGCCUCCGCAGGCUCCCCCUCAGGCUCCCCCUCAGGCUCCUUCUCAGGCCUCUUUCCAGUCUCAGGCCCCACCGCCGCCGCCAAUGCCUGCUCAAUCUCCGUCGCCGGUCGUGCCUGCUCAGUCUCAGGCACCCCCGCACGCGCCCCCAAUGCCAGCUCAGGCUCCUCCACAGGCCCAAGCUCCUCCUCCGCCGCCAAUGCCCGGUCAAGCUCCUCCACAGGCCCAAGCUCCUCCCCCUCCGCCGAUGCCAGCUCAAGCUUCUCCAUACACCCAGACACCACCCGCACCACCACCAGCUUCUCCUAUGGCACCACCUGCUACGGCUGCGCCACCUCCGCCCGGACCUCCUCCCAUGGCGGCUCCAUCACUUCCUGGCGGUGUGCCGCCUCCGCCCGGACCUCCUCCCAUGGCGGCUCCAUCACUUCCUGGUGUGCCUCCUCCCCCAGGCCCUCCCCCGGCUGGUGCACCGGCUGGUGUGCCCGAUGCUGGCCGAUCUGCGCUCCUUGCUUCAAUCCAGCAUUCUAGUAUUGGACAAUUGCGUAAAAUCGACAAACAACAUUUGGACAAACCCUCGGUUAUUCUCCAGGAAGCCAAAGGUGACGUUCCCAAAGCUCCGCCAGUCGGUGCUCAGGGUAAUGCGUCAAUGGCAUCAGCACUCGCGGCUGCUUUAAGUGCUAGAAAAGGUAAAGUCACAGGCUCCGAUAACGAAGAAAGCGACGAGGAAUGGGAUUAA